AUGCUUCAGUCUAUGCCACGUCGGAUGUCCUAUUGCUUUUGUUUUAUUCCAGGGGCCAUACUUCUCUCUGCUGAGAACAUUGCCCAAAUAGGCCGUCGCUCGUUAGGCAUCGACUAUGGCUUCCGGCGGGUCGGAGUAGCGGUUUCGGUGGGCUUUGCGCCACGGCCACUCGGAUGUUUACCGAAUGCGCACCGAGUAGCCACUGGACCUCAAAAUAAGGUGAAAAUAGAGGGCAAUAGAAAUCGUGGUCAAGGUAGGAAAUCCACGGUGCCUGACCGACUCAUUGAAGACGUGCUGGACCUGGCGCUGCAAGAAGCCGUCGAUCAGAUUGUCGUUGGACUACCUCUUCAUAGUGAUGGCCUCGAAAGUGAUCAGAGUCGAGAGACAAGGGUUUUUGCGGAGAAACUGGCAAAGGCAACUGUGCUCCCUGUGUACUUGUGGGACGAGUGCUUCUCCACACAAGAGGCGCGAGCCGUUCUCGAGGCGAACGCUAUCCGCUCUCGCAGACGCAUCGAACGACAAAUUGAUGCGGAAUCUGCCUGCGUUAUUCUGAGGGAGUUCUACGAGUAUCGGGGAGCCUGCGCUGAGCUCGUACCUGGCUCGACACGGAAGACGAACCGCGUCCGGGGCUACGGGAAAGGGACUCUGGGCGAAGCGCCAGCCUCCUGA